CGCGCAGAUCGCAGCCCGCCCGACGAGGAGGACGGAGCGGGCAAGUGCGCGAAGCUGCUGCCGGGCGAGGAGGAGGAGGCGGCAGCGCCGAAGCCGCGCAAGAAGCGCUCCCGCGCCGCCUUCUCGCACGCGCAGGUCUUCGAGCUGGAGCGACGCUUCAACCACCAGCGCUACCUGUCGGGGCCCGAGCGGGCCGACCUGGCCGCCUCGCUGAAGCUCACGGAGACGCAGGUGAAGAUCUGGUUCCAGAACCGGCGCUACAAGACCAAGCGGCGCCAAAUGGCCGCCGAGCUGCUCGCCGCCGCGCACGCCGCCCAGAAAGUCGCCGUGAAGGUGCUCGUGCGCGACGACCAGAGACAGUAUCACCCCGGCGAGGUGCUGCGGCCGCCCUCGCUGCUCUCCCUGCAGCCCUCCUACUACUACCCCUACUACUGCUUGCCCGGCUGGGCUCUCUCCACCUGCGCCGGCACUCAGUGA